GCACAGGGUUAUAACGACCACGAGCCACAAAUCAAGCCCUCCAAAAUAACCCAAAUGAGCUCUUACUUUGUAAACUCGUUCUCAGGGCGCUACCCAAAUGGCCCCGACUAUCAGUUACUAAAUUAUGGGACCAGCAGUUCCAUGAACGGUUCUUACAGAGAUUCAAGCACCAUGCAUUCCAGCUCUUAUGGCUACAACUACAAUGGGAUGGACCUUAGCAUCAACCGCUCAGCCUCCUCCAGCCACUUUGGGGCUGUGGGGGAGAGCUCCCGCGGUUUCCCUUCUCCAGCUCAGGAGAGCAGGUUUAGACAGGCGUCUAGCUGCUCCUUAUCUUCUCCCGACUCCCUUCCCUGCUCCAACAGCGAGAGCCAUGGAGGCAAACCCGCCCCGUCCCCCUCCGACCAAGCUCCUUCUGCCAGCACCACCAACACAAAUUUCACAGAACUAGACGAGACCAGCGCGUCCUCGGGAGCCGACGAGGGCACUCCAAUAAGCAGCAGCAUCCCCCGAGCACAGGCAGAGCCCAUCGCGACCUCCACCGCAGCAACAGAAGGGCAGGCACCUCAGAUAUUCCCUUGGAUGAGGAAACUUCACAUUAGCCAUGACAUGACUGGACCAGACGGGAAGAGGGCGAGGACAGCGUACACUCGCUACCAGACCCUGGAGUUGGAAAAGGAAUUCCACUUCAAUAGAUAUCUCACCCGCAGGAGGAGAAUAGAGAUCGCUCACGCUCUCUGCCUCUCCGAGCGCCAGAUCAAAAUCUGGUUCCAGAACAGGAGGAUGAAAUGGAAGAAGGAUAAUAAACUGAAAAGCAUGAGCUUAGCCUCGGCGGGCAGCGCCUUUCAGCCAUAAAGUCUAGAGGAGGAAUAUAUCGAGGGAAGAAGAGGAGGCGAGAAAGAAAUCCGUAAAUAAAUAAAUAAAGCGCAGAUCUUAGUUUCCGAGUACUGUACAGUGAGGCACCUUCCUUUCGGCAUGUUGUUGAUAUUCUAAACCAACGCGUAUGGUACCGUUAUCCCAGGACUGAGUCCAUGUCGUGUUCUGUUUGUUAUUAAAUUUGGGGGUUUGAAUCUUUUCUUUUUUUAUAUAAUUAAAUUUUAUUUCCAGAUGCUCCUCAUGCUCUUGUUCUUCUAAAUGUCUGUGUCCGUGCUCUCUUGAUGCUUUCUGGAAAGCUAGCAUGUUUUAUGUGAGCCCUUUAAAUGUUAUAACUUAUUUAUAAAUCGAGAACAGAUACGGUUGUUUAUUUGUUCGGUUUCUUUUCUUCAUGCCCCCCCACCCCCCUUUCCUGAGUUUACUGCUUUUGGGUGAGUUGUUCUCUGCCUAAGCUAAAAAAGGGGGUUCCUGCACUACAGUGGCAGAAAAAAAAAAUAAGCUAAAAAAAACCCAAACAAAAAUGUUUAAAAAAAAGGAGAAAAAGAGGAAAAAAA